AUGGACCGCCUGGCGCAGUUCCUGGCGGCGUGCGGCCCGUCGCUGCUGGGCGGCGUGCCGGAGCCAGGCUCUGACUCGCCGCGCUCGGUGAGUCUUGGUGUUGUUGAGCCGCCCGCCGAGCAAGACGUGGAGGCGGCACGGCUGCUGGACGACUUCUACAAUUUAGUAAGCAGCGCGAACGGCGCGAUUGACCGCAUCACGUCUCUCACGCGCGACAUCGUGGCGAAGCACUCGGAGAUCAUGAGCACCGUGGACAUGGUGAAGUGCAACGCGAUGCGCCGCGAGGCGGAGGAGCUUGCGAACCAAAUCAACGACGUCGCGCAGACCACGACGCAGAGUAUUGAGGCGAUGCGGAAAGCAACGGAGAAACUCAAGGAGACGCCGGAGAUGGAGAGCCAUUUCAUAGGCGUUAUACGCAUCGAGGAGAACCAGCGGCGCUACAUGCUGCACCGGCUUACAGAGGCGAUGGAGGCCUACCAGCGGCAGCAGAGUUCAGUGGAGCAGCGGUACCGCUCGCAGACAGAGCGGCAAAUCAAGAUCAAAUACACGAACCCAGACGGGUCUGCCAUAGAUGAUGAAACAGCGAAGGAACUGGCUCAGGAGGUUCUCGCCAACAACACAUCAAGCGCUAUCUUUCAGCAGAGUAAAGAUGUUCUGGCGCAGAUCAUCGAGACAAGAAAUGAUAUCUAUCGUAUUGAACAAUCGAUGCGAUCUCUGAACCAACUCUUUAACGACUUGGCAUUCCUCGUGCACGAACAGGGGGAAAUCAUGGAUGUGAUUCUGAAGAACAUUGAGAAUGCCACGCGCUAUGUGGAGGCGGGCCGCAAAGAGUUAAAAAAAGCACGCAAAUUUCAGAAGCGUAGUAGACGGAAGCUCUGCUGCAUUGUGCUCUUAGUAGCUGCGAUUGUUGGAUUGUUUGUCCUUGCUGCAGUUUUGGGGAAAACAUUGUAG